ACUCCUGCACACAAAGGUUGGGCGCCCCGGCCUGGGUGUUUCCUGCCGGCAGGAUGGAGGACCACGAAGGUCCCGAGUGUGGCAAGCCUGACUUCGUGCUCUUGGACCAGGUGACCAUGGAGGACUUCAUGAGGAACCUGCGGCUCAGGUUUGAGAAGGGCCUCAUCUACACCUACAUCGGCGAGGUGCUGGUGUCCGUGAACCCCUACAAGCAGCUGCCCCUGUACGGGCCCGAAGCCAUCGCCAAGUACCAGGGCCGAGAGCUCUACGAGAGGCCACCCCACCUCUAUGCCGUGGCCAACGCUGCCUACAGGGCCAUGAAGCGCAGGGCCAGGGACACCUGCAUCGUCAUCUCAGGAGAGAGUGGGGCAGGGAAGACAGAAGCCAGCAAGCACAUCAUGCAGUACAUUGCGGCCGUCACCAACCCCAGCCAGAGGGCUGAGGUGGAGAGGGUGAAGGACGUGCUGCUCAAAUCCACCUGUGUGCUGGAGGCCUUUGGCAACGCCCGCACCAACCGCAACCACAACUCCAGCCGCUUCGGCAAGUACAUGGACAUCAACUUCGACUUCAAAGGGGACCCGGUCGGAGGACACAUCCACAGCUACCUGCUGGAGAAGUCCAGGGUGCUCAAGCAGCACGUGGGUGAAAGGAAUUUCCACGCAUUCUACCAGCUGCUCAGGGGCUGUGAGGACCAGGAGCUGCACAGCCUGCAUCUGGAGAGAAACCCGGCCCUGUACAAUUUCACACGCCAGGGAGCCGGGCUCAGCUCAGGGGCACAGAACGCCUUGGAGAGUGAUGAGAAUAGCUACCGGGCAGUGAUGGAGGCCAUGAGGGUCAUCGGUUUCCAGCCCGUGGAGGUGGCGGCAGUGCACCACAUCCUGGCUGCCAUACUGCACCUGGGAAACAUCGAGUUUGUGGAGAUGGAGGAUGAUGGGCAGAGGAAGGGUGGCCUGGCAGUAGCGGAGGAGGCACUGGUGGACCACGUGGCCGAGCUGACAGCCACGCCCCGCGACCUCGUGCUCCGCUCCCUGCUGGCCCGCACUGUGGCCUCAGGAGGCCGCGACCUCAUAGAGAAGGGCCACACAGUGGCCGAGGCCAGCUAUGCCCGGGACGCCUGUGCCAAGGCUGUGUACCAGCGGCUGUUCGAGUGGGUGGUAGACAGGAUCAACAGCAUCAUGGAGGCCCGGGGCCGCGACCCUCGGCGGGAUGGCAAGGACACCGUCAUCGGCGUGCUGGACAUCUAUGGCUUUGAGGUGUUCCCUGUCAAUAGCUUCGAGCAGUUCUGCAUCAACUACUGCAACGAGAAGCUGCAGCAGCUCUUCAUCCAGCUCAUCCUGAAGCAGGAGCAGGAGGAGUACGAGCGCGAGGGCAUUGCCUGGCAGAGCGUCGAGUACUUUAAUAAUGCCACCAUCGUGGAGCUGGUAGAGCGGCCUCACCGGGGCAUCCUGGCUGUGCUGGAUGAGGCCUGCAGCGCCGCGGGCACCAUCACCGACCGCAUCUUCCUGCAGACACUGGAUGCGCACCACCGCCACCACCCGCACUACUCCAGCCGCCAGCUCUGCCCCACUGACAAGACCAUGGAGUUUGGCCGAGAUUUCCGGAUCAAGCACUACGCGGGCGAUGUCACGUACUCGGUGGAGGGCUUCAUCGACAAGAACCGGGACUUCCUCUUCCAGGACUUCAAGCGGCUGCUGUACAACAGCUCAGACCCCACCCUGCGCGCCAUGUGGCCGGACGGGCAACAGGACAUCACGGAGGUGACUAAGCGGCCCCUGACAGCGGGCACGAUAUUCAAGAACUCCAUGGUGGCUCUGGUGGAGAAUUUGGCCUCCAAGGAGCCCUUCUAUGUCCGUUGCAUCAAGCCCAACGAGGACAAGAUGCCUGGGAUGCUGGAUGAGAACCACUGUCGCCACCAGGUGGCGUACCUGGGGCUCCUGGAGAACGUGCGGGUUCGCAGGGCGGGCUUCGCCUCCCGCCAGCCUUACCCUCGAUUCCUGCUCAGGUACAAGAUGACCUGUGAAUACACCUGGCCCAACCACCUGCUGGACUCCGACAGGGCGGCCGUGGGCGCCCUGCUGGAGCAGCACGGGCUGCAGGGUGAUGUGGCCUUCGGCCACAACAAGCUGUUCAUCCGCUCACCCCGCACACUGGUCACACUGGAGCAGAGCCGGGCCCGCCUCAUCCCCAUCAUCGUGCUGCUGCUGCAGAAGGCAUGGCGGGGCACCCUGGCCAGGUGGCACUGCCGGCGGCUGCGGGCUGUCUACACCAUCAUGCGCUGGUUCCGGAGGCACAAGGUCCGCGCUCACCUGGCCGAGCUGCAGCAGCGGUUCCAGGCCGCACGGCAGCCCCCACUCUAUGGCCGAGACCUGGAGUGGCCACCCCCUCCUGCUGUGCUGCAGCCCUUCCAGGACACCUGUCAGGCGCUCUUCUGCAGGUGGCGGGCCCGACAGCUGGUGAAGAACAUUCCGCCCUCGGACAUGGCUCAGAUCAAGGCCAAGGUGGCGGCCAUGGGGGCGCUGCAGGGUCUGCGUCAGGACUGGGGCUGCCAGCGGGCCUGGGCCCGGGACUACCUAUCCUCUGGCACCGACAACCCUGCAGCCUCCGGCCUGUUUGCUGAGCGACUGAAGACGCUGCGGGAUAAGGACGGCUUUGGGGCCGUGCUCUUUUCCAGUCACGUCCGCAAGGUGAAUUGCUUCCGCAAGAGCCGGGACCGGGCCCUCCUGCUCACUGACCGGCACCUCUACAAGCUGGACCCUGGGCGGCAGUACCGGGUGAUGCGAUCUGUGCCCCUGGAUGCGGUGACUGGGCUGAGUGUAACCAGUGGACGGGACCAGCUGCUGGUGCUGCAUGCCCGGGGCCAGGACGAUCUCGUGGUGUGUCUGCACCGCUCCCAGCCACCACUGGACAACCGCAUCGGGGAGCUGGUGGGCGUGCUGGCCGCACACUGUCAGGGGGAGGGGCAAGCACUGGAGGUGCGCGUCUCUGACUGCAUCCCACUGAGCCAGCGUGGAGCCCGGCGCCUCGUGUCUGUGGAGCCCAGGCCAGAGCAGCCAGAACCGGACUUCCGCUGCACACGUGGGGCCUUCACCCUCCUCUGGCCCAGCCACUGAGCCCCUCUGCAGCCCCUGGCACCUGGCCCAGCCACAUGGAAGCCAGCACUGGCUCCCUGCGUGGAGCUCCACUCUGAUUAAUAAAGAUGCAGUCCGUGCCCAGGGUGGCCGGGCCCUGGUAGA